AUGUCGGCACAAGCAUACAGGUCCACUAGAUCCACCACCCACGAGGACCUCUCGUUUGAGGAUGUUGUCAUGACCGGGUUGGCGCCCGAUGGAGGUCUCUACUUGCCGUCGGCGAUACCCAAGUUGCCCCCCAGCUUCAUCACCAAAUGGAAGGACUUGUCGUUCAACGAGUUGGCUUUUCAAAUCAUGAGGUUGUACAUAAACGAAGCGGAAAUCAAUGACUCAGACCUAAAGGAUUUGGUUGCUAGGUCGUACUCCACAUUCAGGGCAAAAGAAGUCACCCCCUUGAGGCAGUUGGACGAAAACCUCUACCUUUUGGAGUUGUUUCACGGCCCAACGUACGCCUUCAAAGACGUGGCGCUUCAGUUUGUCGGCAACUUGUUUGAAUAUUUUUUAGUGAGACGCAACAGUGCUAAAGCCAAAGGGGAACCAAGAGACAUUGUCACUGUGGUUGGCGCAACAUCAGGAGACACUGGCUCGGCAGCCAUCUACGGAUUGAGAGGCAAAAAGGACGUUUCGGUGUUCAUUUUGUACCCCACGGGCAGAAUCAGUCCCAUCCAGGAAGAACAAAUGACCACUGUGGAGGACUCCAACGUGCACACUCUUUCAGUCAACGGCACAUUUGACGAUUGUCAAGACAUUGUCAAGCUGAUCUUUGGCGAUAGGGAGUUCAACGACAAGUACCACGUGGGUGCGGUCAACUCCAUCAACUGGGCGAGAAUCUUGGCUCAGCAGACGUACUACUUUUAUGCGUACUUUCAGUUGCAGAAGCUAGCACCAAGCAGCAAGGUGAGAUUUGUGGUUCCCUCUGGUAACUUUGGAGACAUCUUGGCAGGGUACUAUGCCUAUAGGAUGGGCUUGCCCGUGGACAAAUUGGUCAUUGCCACCAACGAGAAUGACAUCUUGGACAGGUUCAUGAAGUCGGGGGAGUAUGCCAAGCAGCAGGGUGUCGGGGUCAAGGCCACCUACUCCCCAGCAAUGGACAUUUUGAUCUCCUCCAAUUUUGAAAGGUUGUUGUGGUACUUGAUCAGGGACAACUUGACUGGUGGAGACGACGCAAAAGCCGGCACCGUGUUGAACCAGUGGAUGACAGAGCUAAAAACAAAGGGUAGCUUCACCGCGCCAAGUGCGGUGGUUGACCGUGCCAGGCUGAUUUUCGACUCGGACAGGGUCUCCAACAAUGACACCAUCGCAGCCAUCAAAAGGGUGUACUCCGAAAGCCCUGAAAAGUACGUGAUUGACCCACACACGGCCAUCGGAGUGGAAACGGCGUACCGGUUCCUUGCAAAAGAGCCGGCGCAGUACAUUUCGCUUUCCACAGCCCACCCUGCCAAGUUCUCGGAGGUGGUGAACAAAGCGUUGGAGUCGUUUGAGGGCUACUCGUUUGAAAAAGACGUGUUGCCCGCAGAGUUGAAGGCGUUGAGCAGCAAGGAAAAGAGGUUGAAAUUGAUUGACGAGCCUAGUGUGGAGAAAGUGAAGCAGGCUAUUAGAGAUGAGUUGAAGUUUUAG